AUGGAUUUAACUAUCCUAACCGUCGUUUUCCUCACCUCCAACCUCUGGGGCAUGUAUCACCGUGUCCCCUUCACCAAUAUCAGCCCUUCACGAUCGUUCCUCGAGCGAGCCGUCAGUUCUUUUCAGCUCACCGGCGCCGUCUACACUCUCCAGGAAAUGCAUCCUAUUAUUUUCCCCGAGAUUUUACAGGAGCGUCACGACACCCGGAUCAAUGGACAUACUCUUUUUCCACCUGAAAUCGAUAUCGAUGAUAUUAUCAAGCGCGUCAUGGACGAGUACAUGGUCAGUCGAAAUGUGACCAAUAUAUCCCCGUGUUGGGCUCCUACUGGCGCUGUUGGCAGUGAUGGGGAAUUCGAUCCGCAUGUUAUUGGUAUACAUUUGAGAAAAUGUCUUCAUCCGCGAUUGGACUCGCAUAAUGGAGUGGUAAAAGCGGUUUGGGAGGGUCUUGCGUUGGCGUUUCUUGGGUUCUCGUUUCUAUUCUUUAUUUGGAAGGAGAAUAACAAAACAACUGUGGAUACAACUCCGAAUAACAACUCCAGUGAUUCCCUUGCAACUAUUGUCCAGACACUGCUCCAGGAUCGCUUGUCGUCGCCAAACUCCUUAUCCCGUGAUGAACUUGUCAGCAUCUUAAACGGUUUUAUGUCGAACAUCACGUCAAACAUUACCGAUGACAUCGCAUCCCUCAAGGCGAACAUGGGAGAAAUUGCGGACGUCUUAAACAGCAUAAGGGAGCGCAUUCAGCCUGGAUACGAAGCAAUUCAGGAUAUUAUCGAAAAUGUCUACAACGAACUGUCAAGUCAAAUGGAACAAGUCAACGCAUCAGUCGCCUGCUCGAGAUUGAUCGACGAUUACAACAAAAUUUCGACCACGCACCUUUACGAUCUAAUUUCUAGUAUCGAUGGUAUAAUUGAGGUUCAGAGGGACAUUGCCAGCAUUCUGGUACAACAAGCAGAGCGCGAAGAGUACGGUACUGUUGCCUGCCACUCGGGUAUAAAAAGCGUCAAUGAGUCUUCCUCCCAAGUCUCUUCUACUUUCCCUUUGACACAUCCCAACUACGCUGAUAUCGAGCGGUUGAUUCAAGGAUUGACCACAGAUUUCGACGAAUUACAGGGUAGUAUACAGCCGGUUAUAGCAUCCAGUAACUGCACCUCUCAGCUGCUUGAAGAUUUUGUGGAACGUGUGCUGUCCAUCCAACUGGCUACUAGUUUGGUGCCUUUUGACGUGGAAGCCACCUUUAGAGAGCUUAACAGGUUUAGGGAGAAACAGGAAGCUCUGGAAGCUAACAUUAACCAAGUCAUCCUCUCGAGCUCUAACGAAGUAUCCGAGAUGGACAUCCAGGCUCUUAACGCCAGCUUCCAGAGUAUGGACGAACGCGUCGCUGCUCUUGAGCAGUUGAUUGCUACGAAUUGCACCUUGGAUCCGACUAAGGAGGGAAGUACUAACAAUGUUGAUGGUCUCGUUGCGAUUAUUCACAACCUCGAAGAGGCCAAUCAGCAUCUUACAAGUCGGCUGGUCAUAGCCGAAAGCAACCUACAAAAAGUCGCUCACCACGAUGCCGAGAUCAAUCGGAUCCGGAAGCGCAUCGUCCACGAUGGCAAGUUCUUUAGCUAUGCCACGGAUGCUAAGAACAUCAGUCUGGAGGAACUUGCCAAAACCUUCAAGAACCACGUUGAGCGAUUCAAGUCUGAAACACAGUGGCUUGCAGAGCAGGUCUACCCUAUGGCUGAACAUACAGCCAGACUUGACCGACUCGAGAGGAGUAACAAGAAUAAUUAUGCCCACCUCCUCGAGUGCAUGAAGAAACUUGGAGUCCAACUCCGGCUUGAUGCGGGAGAUGACGUUGAGAAGAUGCUUGCGUCCAUGGGCGUCAAGGUCCCUAAUAACAACGUCGUCGGGGGAAUUCAGGGGGAAAGGAAGGAGGAGAUCAAGGAAACACAGGCAGAUACCUGCACCCCUGUCGUCUCGCAAGAGAGGGAAAACAACAAGAAAGAGUCCCCCGCCCCAGAAAGGAAGUCCGACUUGGAAUCAUCCCGCUGGGCUGCAACACCUAGCAGCGAGCCAGCUCUAGCAUCUCCAGCUCCAAAGAACAGUGGACUGGAGUCAUUACGAUGGGCGGGGGAACAGUCAAAACCAGCGCCCUCCACUCCUAGAAGCCAGGGUCUGAGGUCAUCGAGAUGGGCCUCGGUGUCAGAAGCAUCUCCAGCAUCACGGAAUGCUAAGAACAACUCGAGGCUCGGUUCCUCAAAAUGGGCUCCUAAAUCGGCGCCAACCAGCCCAGGCCCAAGGAAAAGUACGGGUCUACAGUCCUCGAGAUGGGCCUCUUAA